AAAAACAGAAACACACAAGCUCAUAAGUACACGAGUGCUACCACUCAAAAAAAAUAAAAUAAAAAUUAAGUAGACUGAGAGACAGACCGAUGUUGGACAAAAUGAAUGUGCUAUUGCUUCGCCGUAACUAUUCAUCGACGGCAGCGGCCGUGGUGAAUAAACGCAUAUUGUCUACUGUCACACAAGGACCACAUCAAGAUCUAUUCGUUGGAACAUCAGCAGCAACUUCUUCUUCUUCAGCUUCCAAACUACGACCCCUCCCAACCGCGGUCAUCAAUUCGGCGCAACUCCUGGAUGAGGUGAAGUUAGACGGCCAGAAGUGGAUUUCCGACGCGCAAAUCGCGAACAUCAGCGAGUUGAGCUCGCUCCGGCUCCCGGCAGGCUCGUUGGUCCGGGUGGAGUAUGAGAAAACAGCACGAAGUUCAAAAUCAAAUGGUCGAAUAUUAAAUCAGAAAGAAAUAAUCGGGGUGGGUGUUUGGAACCGACACUCGUCCGUGCCGAUUCGGAUGCUGGAAAAUGAAGCACUCGACGUCCUCGCGCAGAGCAGUGAAGGCGAUGUAGUGACUGCUCUUCCGAGAAGUUUCUUAGCGUACAGAAGCGGUGGUAGGGGUUGUACUACAUCUGCAGCUGAAGAAGUUGUACUUGCGUCACACGGCCCAUCGUCACAGGUGGAUGUUGACGAGGACGCUGCGGAGGGCGCAGAUGACGACGAAAAUAUUUUCGCGGACGGAGACGAAACAACAAACGACGAACAGGUUCAGCUUUCCCGCCGACAUUGCGAGGAUUUACGGAGCCUCUUAGUAAAACGGCUGACGGCGGUUUCGACUGCAUUAUCAUCUUCCUGUGUAUUACCAGAUCAUGAUCAUGAGCGAAUUGGUACGUCAAACGAGAAACAAAGGAGCGAUAUCGCCGCGAGAGUAUCCAUCCCCUUCCUCUACACCCGCAUUCUUGACGCUGACGCCGACGGAUUCCCAGGUUUAUCUGUCGACCGCCAUGGCUUCGACGCGGCGGUUCUGACCUACAACACGCUGGGGAGUUACCACUGCUACCACGAAAUAGUGGAAAAAACCUUGGAGGACAACGGAAUCACGAAAAUUGCGCAGCACAAGCUGAUCUCAAAGAAGGAGAGGUAUUAUGCGAACGGAGCAGAAUUCGCCACGAGUUUGGUGAAAGGGACGGAUCCGAACUUUUUGGUCAGGGAGGUUCUGCCUGAAGAUGGUAGUGAAAAUCAAGCACAAAGUGGUGCUACUUCUGCUGGACAACUAGACUCCUCGAUUAAGGGACGCGACGACGAAAGCGACAUCAUGGACAUGGACAAAUUAGAUCUUCUCACUGAAGAAACAAGCACAGGGAAGAAUAAGAAUGCAAAUGCAGACACAGGGCCCCAAGCUCCCAUUUCUAACGUCCUCGAUUUCACCUUUAACGUGUACCAGCACUGCAGUCUAGGGUACGAGCGCCAGUACGACUAUUCCUCCGCGAGAAUUCGGUCCUACCUUGCGAACUUGGUGAAAGACAAGCAAUCCACGGUGCUGGACCUCUGGUGCCAUCUCGGCGAAACCGGCCUGCGUUGCGCCAGUCAGGGAAAAGCGGAAGAGGUGAUCCUGAUCGAGGAGCGAGAGCACUUCGCCGUCGCAACUUUGCAGAACGCGAAGAGAAACGGAGCAACCGCAAACAGGACGACGGUGUUGCACAAGAAGUCAAUUUUCACGGAGCUGCGGAACAUGGCGCUGGCCGGGCUGAAGUUUUCUUUGGUGGUGUGCAACCCGCCACUGGUGUUCGCGCAGCGGAAGAAAGACAGAAGGAAACAAGUAGCACUAGAUGGCGACGUCCUGGACACUGUAGGUGGAGCAGGCCAGCUGCAAAGAAGUACUCAGAUUCAUGAUCAGGACGAGCAGAGAGAUUAUAGCCAAAUUGCCGCCUCAUCCACCUGUCCUUCCGGAGAUCAUGACCUUCCGGAUGAGGACGGGUUUGAGCAGGUGGAUGACCUCGCAGCUGCUUCCACCGAAGCAGGGCGGCGUGGUAAGAUGAGAACUUCGGCAGCAAAUGACAAGUCGAUCAUGGUGCAGGAGCAAACUCCGCUCUCCCAUCAAUUUGGCAAGCGCUACCGUGUCGACCUUCGCGGCAUCUGCCCAAUUUUACGGCAAGCCGCACAGGUUACAGCGACGGACGGCUACAUUGCGGUGAAGCUGUACUUGAGCCCGCGGAACCGGUCCUGGGGACCGCAUUUGCUAAAACUCGCGUUUGAGCAGGCAGAUAGAAACGGAAGCAUCGUGAAAGAGUUCGCCAGUAGCUCGAAUUUACCGAGGAUAAUGUCCCAAGACUACGAAUUACCACACUGGUUCGUGGUCAGGGUGCAUUGAUGAAGUUAUAAUAUUAUGAAAAUCAUCAUUAUGAUGAUGGUGCCGCUACUGCAUGUAGCAUGCAACUUGCUGCGAACCGCGCAUAUUUGCACGGCUCUCUAGUAGAGAAGUCAUACACAUACAGCACAGCUGCAAGCACUAGGACUAGAAGCGCCAGCUUGCAACGCCGCAUGAGAGC